AUGCCUCUAAAAAAGAUGUUUACUAGCGCAUCGUCUCGUAACUCUUCUUCCCUUGAAAACGACCAUGAUGCGUAUUAUUCCAAGCAGGAUGCAGAUAAUUUCCCUGUGAAGGAGCAGGAAAUCUAUAAUAUUGACCUGGAGGAAAACAAUGUAUCUUCUCGUUCAUCGACCUCUACAUCACCUUCAGCAAGGGACGAUUCCUUUGCAAUUGCAGAUGGUAAAGAUGAAAACACAAGGUUGAAGAAGGAAUUGAAGGCAAGACAUAUUUCUAUGAUUGCGAUUGGUGGGUCAUUGGGUACAGGUCUGCUUAUAGGUACAGGUACUGCUCUAUUAACCGGGGGUCCCGUUGCGAUGUUAAUUGCGUAUGCCUUUGUUGGUCUGUUGGUUUUUUUCACCAUGGCCUGUCUUGGUGAAAUGGCAUCCUAUAUUCCACUGGACGGUUUUACAAGUUAUGCCUCACGAUAUGUGGACCCUGCUUUGGGUUUUGCCAUUGGCUAUACUUACCUUUUCAAAUAUUUCAUCUUACCUCCAAAUCAACUUACUGCGGCGGCUUUAGUCAUUCAGUAUUGGAUCAGCAGAGACCGCGUUAACCCCGGUGUGUGGAUUACUAUCUUCUUGGUUGUGAUUGUUGCCAUCAAUAUCGUUGGUGUAAAAUUCUUUGGUGAGUUUGAAUUUUGGUUGUCCAGUUUUAAGGUUAUGGUAAUGUUAGGUUUGAUCUUGUUACUGUUUAUCAUCAUGCUUGGUGGGGGUCCUGACCAUGAUCGAUUAGGGUUUAGAUACUGGCGUGAUCCUGGUGCGUUCAAAGAGUACUCGACAGCCAUCACUGGUAGUACGGGCAAAUUUACUUCCUUUGUUGCGGUUUUUGUUUACAGUCUUUUCAGUUACACGGGUAUUGAACUGACAGGUAUUGUUUGUUCUGAAGCAGAAAAUCCAAGGAAAAGUGUUCCAAAAGCAAUUAAAUUGACAGUUUAUCGUAUCAUUGUUUUCUACCUAUGCACCGUUUUUCUUUUAGGUAUGUGUGUUGCAUACAAUGACCCUCGUUUACUUUCUACAAAAGGUAAGAGUAUGUCUGCAGCUGCAUCUCCAUUUGUGGUUGCCAUCCAAAAUUCAGGCAUCAAAGUUUUACCCCAUAUUUUCAACGCUUGUGUCCUAGUUUUCGUCUUCAGUGCUUGUAACUCGGACUUGUAUGUUUCUUCCAGAAACUUAUACGCACUAGCUAUUGAUGGUAAAGCGCCCAAGAUCUUCGCUAAGACAAGUAAAUGGGGUGUUCCUUACAACGCCUUAAUACUCUCAGUGUUAUUCUGCUGCUUGGCGUAUAUGAAUGUGUCUUCAGGAUCAGCAAAGAUUUUCAACUAUUUCGUUAAUGUUGUAUCAAUGUUCGGUAUCUUGAGUUGGAUCACCAUUUUGAUUGUUUACAUCUACUUUGAUAAAGCCUGCCGUGCUCAAGGGAUCGAUAAAUCUAAAUUUGCUUAUGUUGCCCCUGGUCAACGUUACGGGGCCUAUUUUGCUUUAAGCUUUUGCAUUUUGAUCGCUUUGAUCAAAAAUUUCACUGUUUUCCUUGGUCAUAAAUUCGAUUAUAAAACUUUCAUCACUGGGUAUAUUGGCUUGCCGGUCUAUAUUUUAUCCUGGGCUGGAUACAAAUUGAUUUAUAAGACCAAAGUGAUCAAAUCAACCGACGUGGAUCUAUACACAUUCAAGGAAAUAUACGAUAGGGAAGAAGAAGAGGGCAGGAUAAAAGACCAAGAAAGGGAAGAGCGUUUGCAAAGAAACGGUAAAAAUAUGGAAUGGUUUUAUGAAAAAUUCCUGGGUAGGAUCUUUUAG